GAAGGGGGUAGUUCUUGCAGGUUUCCCCAUCCUCCCUGGGGUCCUAGAGAACACUCUUCAAUUCAGUCCUUCCUCACAGCCAAAGCAGCCACCUAGAUCAUGCCUUCUGUGUACGGAUUCCCAGCCUUCACAUCAGCCACAGAGCUGCUCCUGGCCGUCACCAUAUUCUGCCUUGGAUUCUGGGUGGUCCGAGCCACAAGAACCUGGGUUCCCAAAGGUCUGAAGAGUCCACCCGGACCCUGGGGCUUGCCCUUCAUAGGGCACGUGCUGACCCUGGGGAAGAACCCACACCUAUCUCUGACAAAGCUGAGUCAGCAGUAUGGGGACGUGCUGCAGAUCCGCAUUGGCUCCACACCCGUGGUGGUGCUGAGCGGCCUGAACACCCUCAAGCAGGCCCUGGUGAAGCAGGGGGAUGACUUCAAAGGCCGGCCAGACCUCUACAGCUUCACACUUAUCACUAACGGCCAGAGCAUGACUUUCAACCCAGACUCUGGACCGCUGUGGGCUGCCCGCCGGCGCCUGGCCCAGAAUGCGCUGAAGAGUUUCUCCAUAGCCUCAGACCCAGCACUGGCAUCCUCUUGCUACUUGGAGGAGCACGUGAGCAAAGAGGCCGAAUACUUAAUCAGCAAGUUCCAGAAGCUGAUGGCAGAGGUUGGCCACUUCGAACCAGUCAAGUAUUUGGUAGUGUCAGUGGCCAAUGUCAUCUGUGCCAUAUGCUUUGGCAGACGUUAUGACCACGAUGACCAAGAGCUGCUCAGCAUAGUCAAUCUAAGCAAUGAGUUUGGGGAGGUUACUGGUUCUGGAUACCCAGCUGACUUCAUUCCUAUCCUCCGUUACCUCCCUAACUCUUCCCUGGAUGCCUUCAAGGACUUGAAUAAGAGGUUCUACAGUUUCAUGAAGAAGCUAAUCAAAGAGCACUACAGGACAUUUGAGAAGGGCCACAUCCGGGACAUCACAGACAGCCUCAUUGAGCACUGUCAGGACAGGAAGCUGGAUGAGAAUGCCAAUGUCCAGCUCUCAGAGGAUAAGGUCAUUACGAUUGUUUUUGACCUCUUUGGAGCUGGGUUUGACACAAUCACAACUGCUAUCUCUUGGAGCCUCAUGUACCUGGUAACCAACCCUAGGAUACAGAGAAAGAUCCAGGAGGAGUUAGAUACAGUAAUUGGCAGGGAUCGGCAGCCCCGGCUUUCUGACAGACCUCAGCUGCCCUAUCUGGAGGCCUUCAUCCUGGAGACCUUCCGACAUUCAUCUUUUGUCCCAUUCACCAUCCCCCACAGCACCACAAGAGAUACAAGUCUGAAUGGCUUCUAUAUCCCCAAGGGGCACUGUGUCUUUGUGAACCAGUGGCAGAUUAACCAUGACCAGGAACUAUGGGGUGAUCCAAACGAGUUCCGGCCUGAAAGGUUUCUUACCCCCAGUGGCACUCUGGACAAGCACCUGAGUGAGAAGGUCAUUCUCUUUGGUUUGGGCAAGCGAAAGUGCAUUGGGGAGACCAUUGGCCGACUGGAGGUCUUUCUCUUCCUGGCCAUCAUGCUGCAGCAAAUGGAAUUUAAUGUGUCACCAGGCGAGAAGGUGGAUAUGACUCCUGCCUAUGGGCUGACUUUAAAACAUGCCCGCUGUGAGCACUUCCAAGUGCAGAUGCGGUCUUCUGGUCCUCAGCAUCUCCAGGCUUAGACUGUCCUGGAUGCUCACCAGGCCAGGUGGCUGUUCCUGGGAUUCAACUUCAGUCAGAAACACAGACCCUGGGGCAUUGUGCCUGCCUCCUACUUUGGACUUGUUUCUCUAUAUGCUGAACACAGACACUGGGCACAGCGGAGACCCACAGGACCCUCAGAUCCUUCUCAAGUUCAGCAUCAACUAGGAGACCUAAAAGGGUUAUGAGAUACCUGGGCCUCAGAAAACCCCUGAAGAGCUCUCUGGAUCCUCCAGUGGCUGGCUGGUUUGAAAAAUACUUACAACAGGUCAUGCCAGGAUCUGGCUGGUUACUAUGACAACCGGGAGUAGCCCAGAAUGGAGGGAGAAGAGAACUCAAAACACUGGCGCGGAGGUGCUCUUGCCAUCUGCUGAGGCUAAACUGUCUUCCCACAUAGAUUUAUGACACCGCAUGUGGGGGUGUAGCACCUUCAUUCACCUACAUAGAAAUAAACAGGGUCUCCUUGUCCUUGCAAAGCCCAUGCUCCUGUUUAGGAAGGGCUGAGAGUUGUGUCUAGAAAGACCUAAGAACAUAGGGACAGACUUUCUGGGCAGUAAGACCAGGUUUAGAGUAAAGGAAUGCCUUUUGAGACAGUAUUGUGUAGUCCAGGCUGCCUCUGAACUUGCUACCAAGGGUGGCCUUGAACUCCUUAAUUCUUUUUUCUGCUUUUACCACCCUACCAAGUGCUAGGGUACAGUCAUGAACCGCUACACCAGCUCUUGCUCUCUUGUCUUUACUGUAUAAAACGUUUCUUUCUUUCUUUCUUUUUUUUUUAAAAAGAAAAUGUUUGUGCAUAAGAGCUUUUUAUUAUGGCCUGUACUUUGCUUAUGCAUUUGUAUUAGUCAUACCUCAAUAGAUUUAGAUAAUUCGCUUAGUGUAAUAGAGAAAAAUCUAACUCAAGUAUCUAGAAAUAUAUAGGAAAAAUGUACAUGAGCUAAAUAAAA